UUAUUUAUCUCUUUCAAUAAAUUGUGUAACAUAAUUUAGUUUACUACAACAAAUAAGGUAAUGAGAAGUGUUAAUUGUUUUAUUUUGUUACAUCAAUUUGUGAAACACAAUGACAAAAUCAUCACAGCCAAAAAUUCAAAAACGGCCGGUUUAGAUAGAAAUCCCUAAACCGAGUUUUUGGUUUGGUAUUUUUUUUUUUUUUGUUAUCUCCAAUAAAUUCGUAACGGAGCUUCACAUCGCCGAGAGCUUUGUCACGAGAUCAAUGGCGGCCAUUUCUCCUUUCUUCCUUCUCUUCCUCAUUCCCAUUGUCCCACUCUCGAUUCUCGCUAUCCUAGCCCUAAUCGUACGUCCUCGCCCCAUUAAGAUCCCUAUCAAGUCCCGUCACGUCUUCAUCACCGGUGGAUCUAGCGGCAUCGGUCUUGCUCUCGCCCACCGCGCCGCUGCCGAGGGUGCUCGUGUCUCAAUCCUCGCCCGAUCCGCCGGAAAGCUAGAGGAAGCUAAAAAGGAGAUCCAGCUCGCCACUGGUGUCGAAGUCGCCACAUUCUCCGCCGACGUUCGCGAUUACGAUGCAGUGUCGAAGGCGAUUGACGAAUCGGGACCGAUCGAUGUGUUGAUUGUUAAUCAAGGUGUGUUUACGGCGAAGGAGCUGGUGACACAUAGUCCUGAGGAUGUCAAAUUCACGAUUGACGUGAAUCUUGUUGGGAGCUUCAAUGUGAUUAAAGCCGCUUUGCCCGCCAUGAAAGCAAGGAAAGAUCGUGGGCCUGCUUCCAUCAGUCUCGUCUCCUCUCAAGCUGGUCAGGUGGGUGUCUAUGGUUACGCUGCAUAUUCAGCAAGCAAGUUUGGUCUUCAGGGUUUAGCACAAGCACUGCAACAAGAAGUUAUUGCUGAUGACAUUCAUGUCACUCUUAUUUUUCCUCCUGACACCAAUACACCCGGCUUUGAAGAAGAACAGAAGAGUAGACCUGACGUCACUGCCAUAAUAGCUGCAUCUUCUGGUUCAAUGGAAACAGAAGAAGUAGCCAGAAAAGCUAUGGAUGGCAUAAAAGCAGGAAAGUUCACUGUCUCAUGCAACUUUGAGGGAUUCUUACUGUCUCUCGCGACAACCGGCAUGUCCCCUCAAAGAUCAUUUUGGCUAGCAUUUCUCGAAGUAAUAACCGCAGGGCCUAUAAGAUUAAUCGCUCUCUUCUUUCAAUGGGAUUGGUAUAAAGCCAUUGAAAAAUGGAGCAAAACCAAAACCAAAUAAGAGCCCGACAAUGUUUCUUGAAGUUUUUUUUUGGCAGAAGCAGAAACAUAGAUGGGUACUUGAAACUUUCUUCUGAAAUUGGAGUCUCUCAGUCGUCUACCACGAUUAUUGCUGAUAGUUUUGUAGUAACUCGUCAAGAUUCAUGCCGGUCUUAAAACAAGCUCUGUUUUAUUUGUAGAGAAAUCAGAAAACUCAUUUGAAUGUAUUUUUUACUUGUUCAGGAAGUGAAUGUUUGCUUUUCAGUUUUCACAAUAUGAAUAUAAGAUGUUUUUGAAA